ACCCCAAAUGGUCCUUUCUUGUAACCCACUUCUCUUCUAGAGCUAUCCCAUGAUUCACUUGGGGUGGGCGUCGGCACGAGCAUCAGCAGCAUCACUAAGUUUCAGCUCCUCCCUGCUGCAUGCUGGGAGGGAGAGACUGAGAGGAUCAGGGUCAGAUAAAUUACAGACAGAGUGACGGCACUGAGUGUAAAUGAGCGGACAAUUGUGUGCAUGAAUGUGUGAGAGAACAAAUUAGGCUGGGUUACAGAGAGAGUUGUGAGUGUAACUGUCUGUGCAUGAGAGAGAGAGAGAGAGAGAGAGGCAGAAGGUAAAUCCAGACAGGAUAGGAGUGAAUGUAAGGGGCAAAAAAAAAAAAAAAGGGAGACGAGAGGUAGAAGACAAGACAAGGGAACUCAGAAAAGGAGGGAAUAUGGCUGAGCCGGAGCUGAAAUCGAGAAGCAGCCGGGAGAGUGUUGCUAAAGCAGUGAGCCAGGAGAAGAUGGGGACAACUGAAGCAGUCCCCAACCAGGAUGGUCUUAUUGUGGAGCAACCAGCAUCCCCCAUGGUCUCUGACCCCACUGCCACAGAUCCAUCUAACAGCCCACCUGACAAGGGUGAAAAGAUCAAGCUCAAACGCAGCAUCACCCUCUUCAAUGGCAUAGGGAUGAUCAUAGGCACCAUCAUCGGGUCAGGCAUCUUUGUGACUCCAACAGGUGUGGUCAAGGAGACUGGCUCUGCUGGCCUCUCAUUGAUCAUCUGGUCUGCCUGUGGGGUUGUUUCCACCAUGGGAGCCUUGUGCUAUGCUGAGCUGGGCACGACCAUCACAAAGUCUGGAGGAGACUACACAUACAUCCUCGAAGUAUAUGGCGAACUUGCAGCCUUUCUGAAACUGUGGGUGGAGAUGCUAAUCAUUCGGCCAUCAUCCCAGUAUGUGGUCUCACUGGUUUUUGCCACCUACCUUCUUAAGCCCCUGUACCCGACCUGUCCUGUGCCAGAUAGUGCGGCCAAGCUCAUCGCCUGCGCGUGUCUUACUUCCCUGACAUUUGUGAACUGCAUCAGUGUGAGAGCAGCCACCAAGGUCCAAGACUUGUUCACGGCAUCCAAAUUAUUAUCUCUCCUCAUCAUCAUCAUCUUUGGCUUCAUCCAGAUUUCCACAGGUGACGUACCAUAUCUGAAACCAGAAAUGGCAUUUGAAGGCAGUAAAAUGGGAGUGGACAACAUUGUGUUGGCGUUGUACAGUGGUCUCUUUGCUUUUGGUGGCUGGAAUUACCUGAACUAUGUUACUGAGGAGAUGAUCAAUCCAGAGAGAAAUCUGCCACUGGCCAUUAUUAUAUCAAUGCCAAUAGUCACCAUGGUGUACGUUCUGACCAACUUGGCAUACUUCACCACCAUCUCUCCUCAAGUCAUGGUUGAGUCAGAGGCGGUUGCUGUGAGUUUUGGGGAGUACCAUCUUGGUGUAAUGGCCUGGUUGAUUCCUGUCUUUGUGGGGCUUUCCUGCUUCGGAGCCGUCAAUGGAUCUCUAUUUACUUCAGCACGGCUGUUCUACGCUGGAGCCAGAGAGGGUCAACUUCCUGCUGCUCUGGGGCUGGUUCACACUGACUUGUUUACACCUGUGCCAUCACUGAUCUUUACAUGCCUCCUGUCCAUGAUGUACACCAUCUCCCAGGAUAUCUUCUCAGUCAUCAAUCUCUUCAGCUUCUUCACCUGGCUGUGCGUUGGCAUGGCCAUCGCCGGGUUGGUGUGGCUGCGCAUCACCAAGCCAGACCUCAGAAGGCCUAUUAAGGUGUAUCUUUUUAUCCCUGUGACGUUUGUGUUGGGCUGCAUCUUCAUGAUCGUCGUGUCCUUCUGGGCUGCUCCGUUUGAGAGCCUGGUGGGAAGUAGCAUUAUUCUCACAGGCAUUCCUGCGUAUCUGCUUGGCUACAAGUGGAAGAAACCCCAUAUGGUCAAGAAGAUGCUGGAAAUCUUCACAAUGUUCUGUCAGAAGAUCUUCAUGUCUGUUCCUGAGGAGAAGGAGAAACAUGAGGUGGCCGAGUAAUGCCUGGCAAACUUAGCAACACUCUUCAGAUGUUCACAUUCAUUUUGAAAAAUAAUUUGAGCACAUUAUUUUAAAAUGUUAUCGUACCAGCUAUGUUAAAAGUGGAAAAAUAUAUAUAAAUUUACAAAGCGCAAAGGUGGCCUUAUGGAAUGCCCUUGUGUACAAAAUAUAAAAGCACAUUUUGUGACAUCCUUAAACGGUUUGAAAUGUCUGCAGGUCCAAAUUGUAUCUGAAUUUUGUUUCUGAUUUGUUUCUGUUCAUUUUACUCUGAAAGGUUUUGUCCUGUUUAAUGCUGGAACAUGCUUUCGUCUUAAAAUGUGAAUAGCUGCAAUGAAGACAUGAUUAUUUAGAUACUGCAAAUACAGUAUUAGAAGUUGCUAUAGAUCUACUGCCCUGAAGGUGUAUUUUCCAUUGAGCAGAGAAAAAAACAGAAGAGGUCUGAUGUUUUUUUUUACUUUUUAUAUCACUAACAUUAAAACUUCACAUAGUAUUCAAUAGUUAAGCUGUGAGAUAAAACUGAGGACUGAACAGUAUAUACAGAUCUAUCGCUGUAUUUGAAAUAUGCUGCUAGUGUAUAGUGGCUCUCAAAAGUCUAAUAGGGCUGCAGGAUAACAGGAAAACGUAGUUUUUAAUAUUAUAGCUGAAUAUUGCGUUGAUGAUAUCGAUUGCGAUUCACCUGGAUUUUCCUUAUUCUCCUUUUUUUACUUCUGUGUUUCAACAUUUCUCCUAAAGCUGUCUUGUCUUGGUCACUAAGAUCUACAUCAGAUGUGGACAUAAAGGACAGUGAAAGUAAAUGGGACAUUUAUACUGUACAACUAAACUGAUAAAUGAACAAAUCUGAUAGGGAGAAAAUAUGAAAGAAUAAAAGAGCCUCAAUAACCUGGUGAAUUAGAGGAUGAUUUAAUCAUGUUUGUACGUGUCAAAAACCUGGAAUUUUAGCACAGCUGUUUGCACUUUUCAGAGCCACUGUCCAAUGUUACUGUUUAAAGAGGACAACCAGCAGAGCCACUUACUUUAUUUGACCCAUACUAACAUUUCUGUUAAAAAGUUUCUAAUUUGAAACAGCUUUUUGCAAUCAUUUCUACAAUGAAUAAGCACGUAUUUUAAAGCACAGUGUCUAGAAACAUAAACAUGAUUUGUAAUUUCUUUCGCAGCAGUGCUGCUAUCAGGCUAGCCAGUUUUUUUCUAUGAUUUCAUUCCAGUGUAAAACCGAGUUAGCUCGGUGCCUAAAUGAUAGCAAGAUGACGAAAGCCACCUUCUCUGGUUGUAAAAUACUGGUAGCAGAUUUGAAAGACCUGUACAAAUGUAUCUUUAGUGAUUGUAUUAGUGUUUGCAUUAGAGUUUUUUUUUGUCUGUGCCAGCCUUGUCAAUAUUGAUAUUUCAUAUUUUUCUGACACUCAGACCAAAUUGAAUGUUUAUUACAAUUACUGACGCAGUCCCAAUAAACCCCAAAGAAAACAUUCCCAGAAGCAGGAAGCUUUACCAGCUUUGAAAGCUUACUCUGAAUUCUGACAUUCAUUAUAUACAAAAAUGAAUGCCAUUCUACCAAAAUGUUUUCUACCUUUUCUAUUUUCUAUUCUUAGAAUUUCUCAGAAUAACAGAAUUGAGUUAAUUCUCAACUCAUCCGUCCUUUAUGCUGUGAUAUUAUUGUAAUUAUUUUUAUUUUUUUUUCAGAUAGAAAAACAUUAACGCAGGCACUUAAUUUAAUUAUUAUGGUGCACAUUCGUAGCAACCAAUGAGGGGUAACCGUCAACUAUUUAUUUAUGUCUUGCACUCACCAAAUUAAUACAUCCACAGCAGCUAUGAACACACCAAUAAAUAGCACAAAGGCUAAAGACAGAAAUGUAAACACCCUCUUUAUUGAUUGGCCUCGAAUUAAGAUGAAUGCUUUCUGCAAGCCUGAUUAUAUAUUUUAUGUUGUGCGCAAAAUACUGUAUAUGUAUACAACGUUAUUAUACAUCUGUAAUUACAUUUGCCAGGUGAAAUGUUAUGGAAAAAAAUAGAAAACUUGUAUUUUCAAUCCUAAAGUAGAGAGUACCUAUUAUAUCUGUUGUAUCUCAGUGACCAUGGCAGGUACAUGUAAUAAUAAAAGUAUUUUCUUCAGA